GAGAAGAAGUUCAGGAGUUGUGGGGCAGGCAAUAUUUUUGGCUCAGGUCACAGAUUGAUUCCUGCCCACUCUUUCCCUGCUGCUUGCACGAAAGGGUCCCCAUCUGAGGAUGUAGAGACAAGCUUUUAAAGCUGUGGAGCACAGUGCUGCAGCCUUCCAGUCACCAGGGCUCUAGAAGUCACAAGCAACCAGCACCUGACAUGAUCUCAAAGGAAUAAUCACCUCUUAAUUCUGUGGACUGAGUAACAUGAUGCUCCCAACAUACAAAUGAUUUCAGAUGGAAACAAAUUACACAUCAGAAAUGACAAUGCUGAUAACAGUAUCAUCCUCCACCCAGAUCCUUUCCAAUCACCACCCCCUUUCUCCCCCUCCCACCCUGCCAAAGCCUGGGAAGGACAACCUGCGGCUGCAGCGGCUGCUGAAGAAGGCAGCCAGGAAGAACACCAUCCUCACCUCAGAGCAGGGCAAGUCCUUCCGCUCCAGCCUUUCGCCUGUGAACGAAGCCAGCCCCGACCAAGAGUGUGCUGAGAGCGCUGCCCCAGCGGAAGCCCCUGAAGCCACAGCUCCCCUCUCUGCCCCUCUGCCAACCCACCUCUCCAUCAGGCCCGUCAGCCACCGUCCCCCCUCCCCUUUCCGGAAGGGAAAGCCUUUCACGCUGAAGGUCACCGAGCAGCGGCGCAUCGCUGAGCACGUCAAGCUCACAGCCUCCUCGGCCAUGCCCCUGCUUCAGAAGCCAGGAGCUCCUGAGACUCCACUGCAGCCAGAAGGCAUGGGCUCCCACCUUCUCUCUCCAUCUGACCCUUCAGUACCUAUUUGCCCCCAGCCUUCUCCUUCCAGUACUCCCAGUAAAGAAAGGGCACCAGAGGUUACCUAUGUCACCAAGGUGAACACUUAUUUCCACAGUGUCAAGCCACCCAGGCCUAAGACUCCCACACCAAACCCGACCCAAGGAGCUGUCAGCCACAAAGACGAAAGGCCUACUUCCCCAGCACCUCCAACAAGCCGCUCUGAACCAUCUCCAGAGCAGACACCCACCUCACUUAAGGACAGCAUGGCUACUCCCCCCUUGCCAAAACCUCCCAUCCUUCCUGCUGCAGAGACAGAGCCUCCUGAUCAAGCUCCCAAGCCUGUUCCUAAUGAGAAGCCCAGCACCUCUGAUGCCCACGCCAAUAAGCCUACAACCCUUGAAAGCGGCACAGAAACAUCCAGACCCAAGACAGCUCCUGAAUUACCCAAGCAAGACAGAGACAUCCUAAAACCAUCAACAUCCAGUGCUCCCUGGAGGCAAGCACGCCCAGCGACAGCAUCUCCAGCACAAGCUGAUGGUACUGGGUCUACCUCCACAGACACCAAGGCAGAACACAUCACUGAACCCCAGAUGACUCCCAGCUCACCCAACACCAGCUGUCCCCCCAAGGCUGAGCCAGCACCGUCGUCAGAAGCACCAAGAUCUCCUGGAACCAGUUCCCGUGGCUGGCAUCGCCUCAGGAAGCACUUGAUGGUACAGCCAGAAGCAACCAACUUUCCAGAGUCCAAGCCAGAAAAGCUGGGACAGGAGGAAGGGAAUAAAGAGGACGUUGCUCAAGCAGUCAUCGAGCAAGACUGCAUGCUGGUUAAAUCAAAAGCCAUGAAAAUGUGGGAUGCCAUUUUAUACCAGGUGACACUCACCAAGGAGAAGAAGCAGCAAGCAGAAGAGAAGAAGCCACAGAAGGAAGAAAGUAUCUUUCUUCCCCGCCGCUUACCCAUCCUUCUACACAAGCCACGUUUUGACGCCCGGAAACUGAAGGAACUGGCUGCCAAACCCAUGACAAAGAUCAGCACCGUGUUUGAGGUGAGCCGCUUUCGGCCCAGAGGGGCCGAGGAGCACACCAAGAGCUUCAACAGGACAGCAUCAGGAUGGUCAGUCAACUGAAGCCAGGCUGCUCCACACCUCUGGAGGUGCACCAACCCAGAAGGCACCUGUGGCUGAGUUUACUGCCCAGUGGAGCCAAGUGUAAGGAAAAAAGGAAAUUAAAUAAAACCCCUCCAAGCCAGCAGCCCCAGUGCUGCAGGCUUAAGGGUUACCCUCCAUACAUUUAAAAGCUCAAAUGCAUAACUACCACAUCCUCAGGUGGCAGGAAAACAAACAUGUUUGUUCUAGAAAGAGUCAACAACAGCCACUGGAUGCAGUAACAGAGUAAAGGGAGUGAAGGCACACACUGAAGAGGACAAGCUGCCUAUAGAAAAAAAAAAAAAAACAGUUUACAGUAGGAUACUGGAAUCUGAUUUUUUUGUUGUUGCUUUUGUUGCAUUUAUCUAAGACAGAGAUAGAUCCUAGGAACAGCAGCAGUCACAGAUGAGAUGAAGGAAUCUGGGUUGCUCCGUAUCUCUAGGGAGUCUUAGAAACCAAACUCAAAGAGGAUACAUAUAAUCCCUAUCUCCUCUAUUGAAAGUGUACCCCACGCCCAUUUUCUGAGAACAAAAUGGAAACUCAUCCUUUCACCCAAGGCACAGACAAGAGACAGAGUAAGAUAUCCUGAUCUCACCAAGCAGUUCCUCUGCCUAACAAAAUGGGCAUCAUCUGACAUCCUCCUAGGCUGGUUUACUACAUAAUAAUGCACAGAAGAACAGUUUUGGUUCAUUUAUCAAGUUCUGUUAUGUAUUUUACCACAUUUUCUCCACAAUAGCUGGUGGUUAAUGCUUCCACAAUAAGACCUUGCUGUGGCAGGUGGGUAUCCAAUUCUGUAUUGAACAAGGUGCUGGUUUCUGAGGGGUUCUGCUAACCACAUGUAGUCUCAUUUUCAGGGUGAGCAUCAUGACAGUUGCGCACCUGCUUGUCCCUGAUGUCCUGAAAAAAGGGCAUUUAAAGGAAAAUCCCCAACUCUGCCCGCCCACAGAGACAACUGGGCUUUCCAAUAUUACCCUUUGCAACUCUAUUGCUAGCAGGGGCUUGUGAGCAUGAAAGUCGGGAGAUGGGUUUUUUAUGUUUCAAAAGGGACUUGGUCAUAUGCUGAGGUGAUCCUAUACAGCUAAUAUAGGAUUGCUAUGUUUAGUCCAAACAGAAUAUAAAGAGCUGCCUACUGAGUUUUCCUUUUUCAUGUGCAGGGGAUAUGGAACUGACCAACAGUUCCUCAAGCCAAACUGCAAAGAGAAACAAAAAAAGAGCCCCUUUUGCCUUUUUUGAAGUCUUCCCAUUUUGCAGUGAUGCUAUAAGAGCAGUUCAUUUAGCAAACCUUCACUUAAUUUUUCACUUUACCAGUCUUAUCUCUAUUCUGUAACCCCUUACCUACUCAAAGGGCAAAAACCAAGUAGAAAGAAUAACCCAGUUACCUGAAGUGGGGAUUUCUUCAAACCCCCCGUUUUCAAAGAAAAAGGUAAAAAGAGGUUGGAAAUGUGCCAGUAAUCACAAGAGAAUCCUAGGUAAGCCUCUGCAGGAAUAUUUAACAUUGCUGCAAGAGAUGGCUACAAAGAAACAUCCACACAGCAGCACAAACAUAAAAAUUUAAAGAGUGCAGUGUAAAACACAUAAUGCAGAUAAAGGUAGCCUUACUGGAGAGUGAUAAAUGGCACCUUACUGCAGCACAGCCAGAUGGAUGCCUCUGCACAAAGGUCUGUUAGCACAAGAGUCACAGUACUAGCAUGAAGCAGAGCAGCCAAAGGCAUUUACAUUUGGGAGACUAAGUGAAGGUGGUUUAAGAGGCACUUGUGCUUUAAAACAGCUUUUGUCCUGCACCAAGGACAACCACCCAGGGCAAACCAGCAAGUCUCACCUAAGGCUUAGGUUCUGCAUCUGCUAGGCUUCCAAUCAGGCUGUGUUCACACCCCAGCCCCACUGCACAUGGAUGAAGGAUGAGGAAAUGUUCCACUGGGGAGAGCAAUGCGCAUAAACAGAAGGGAGGAGACAGAGGAAGGCAGGCCUGGCUGCAUGGUUUAGUGCUUUUACCCCAAAGGCAAAGGGCAGAGGCACGCAGCAAGCAUAGCAAGUCCUGCAGGGACCGACCCUGACAGGAGAGUACCACAGACGGGAGGACAUAUCCCUGUAGGCAACAGAUUUCUGUCAAUGGCUGUUCACUUGGAAGCCAUUGUGGUGUGUUCCAGCCUGAGCUGCUGUGCUGUGGAAGAGAGGGGGUACAGAAUUUACCCAUUUUUCAAUGCCAAACGGCAUCAGGCAGUUACUAAGAGCCCAAACUGACACAGAAAAAACCUUGCUCCAUUGCCUGCAGUAAGGCCCUGCAGCCCAGGGAGGGCAGGACAAAAAAACCCACAAACACACACAAAAACCAAACAAACAAAACACCUGUGUCUAAGCAACUAGAAAGCUGAUAAGGUGGUGUAAAGCAAGUGACAGGAGUGAGCCAGAAGGGUUUGGGAGCAAGGAGGCCAUGACAGUGAUCCAGCAGUAGGGAAAAAGGAUGAACGGAGUUCAGGGGGUACAGAGGAGCUAGGGAGCAGGGAGCUCAGAGCAGACAGAACAGACAGCUAAGAACAAAAGCAAGCCAAACUCCUUCAGCUGUCACAGCCAUUUGGCUAUUCACAGUAGGAAAAAAUCCAGUAUUUCCAUGCAAACAAACCCAGAGAGCAACAGUGUUGUGCCAUGGAUGUUUGGAGUGCUGGGUGGAUCCCAGAGGACAUCCUGUGACAGUGAAUUGCCUUUCAAGAGAGGAUGCUGGACAAAGACCAGAGCCAAAGGCACUUUCACUUGAGCUGCUUAGAGAAACUCAGGUAGGGCAAACAAAACCUGCUGGCAACCUAGCAAAACCUGUUCGCUGUCAAGAACUGAAGCUCAGUAGUUUCCCACCUGGUACACUGAAACAGACUUCAGGAGAAAGGAAACUGAUCAAGGGGAGACCUUAUAACAGGUUUCUCAAAGUCACAGGCAGAGAAGCAAGUUAAGGAUGCAAGGUCUGUGGACUAAAAACAUAGCUUCAGGCAGUCUUGGACUUGUACUGCUGCCCAUCUCAAAGCAGCAUUCAAAAGGGCGCCUCCUCUAAAUGGGCACUACAAAAGGAAAAAAACAAGCCUAAAACAAAAAAAAUAUAAUAUGCAACACUCAGAA